AUGUUUACUUGCACUAUUGUUGUAUUUUGUUGUCUGUUUUCCAAUAUAGUUUCUCAAAAUCUUCCAUUUCGAUUUGAUCAUGCAAUUCAUCGAUUGAGUCAGUAUCAGAAAUUUCCCCUUGAAGAGCUCAUUCAAGAUGUUGAAUACACUUCUCCCACGGAACUCAUACUGGAAUAUGCAUCUAUGAUAAAUUCAAACAACAACACAAGCGUAUGCGAACAACGUUUCGAUGCCAUAAUUCUAGCAGCUACACAAGGUGAACUAUGGGCUCUGAAGAUUAUUGAUGCUUGGGGAAAACCUUUACCAUCAGGUAUCUUGCAAGGCAAUUCAUUCUGGCUUGGUAGUUAUGAUGAAUGUAUAAAACCAAUGUAUAUGCCCAAUAAUAAAACAUUCUUAGCACAACCAUUCGAUACACAGUAUUGUACCAUUACACCGAAGGCGAGCCAAACGAAUCCAAGUGCAUUGCCUUCUAUCACUCUUGGAAUUUGUGUACCCGCAUCAUGUGACCAUCAAAAUGUUGUGACUAUAAUUCAUAAAUAUCUGAAGAAGACGAAUAUUACUUCAGACGAACUUGUUUGUUCAAAUGAUCCUCCGAAUGGAAAAGAUGGACUUACCAAUGGCGCAAUAGCAACAAUCACUAUUAUAUCCUUGCUAGGUUUUCUUGUUCUGAUUGGAACUAUAGUUGACCUUCUCACUGUAUUAAACACUGAGUCUCUUGUGAAUGAUUCAACAACACAUGCCAAUAGUGUAAACCAUCUAACAUAUCGUGAGUCACAAAAGUCAAAUCGAUUCGGUCUAAUCAAUAGCACACAUCCAGUAGCUUCUCUUGGCGAUUUUUCUGCUAUCCGGUGUCUUCGACGAAUAUUUACCCUACAACAGAAAAAUGACCAUGAUUCAUUUGCAUUUAUCAAUGGUAUUCGUGUUUUAGCUCUAUGCUGGGUGAUCAUCGGCCAUUCAUUAGCUUUUGGUUUGAAUUAUAGCAGUAAUAUUGUAGACGUUCUUUCUUGGACUCAGAAUAUCUCAUUUCAAUUGAUCGUCAAUGCUGUUUUUACUGUCGAUACAUUUUUUGUUCUAAGUGGAUUUCUCACUGCUGUACUGUUUGUUCGACAAGUGAAAAAAGAAGGUCGACUCUUCACGCGUACGAUGAUCCUCUAUUAUAUCCAUCGGUACAUUCGACUUACACCAACAUUUCUUCUGAUGGUCCUCGUCAGUAUUCAUUUAACGCCAUAUUUUGGUCAAGGACCAGUGUAUCCAACUCAACAAGGAUUUGAAGGACCCGACUGUCGUACAACAGAUUGGUGGACAUCAAUCCUCUAUGUAGGUAAUAUUGUCAAACCCGAUGGUAUGUGUUUAGCGAUUGCAUGGUACCUUCAUAACGACAUGCAAUUUCAUUGGAUUGCACCUUUAUCGUUAAUUCCAUUUGUUCUUGGGAAGAAGAUCCUAUCCAUAUUUAUUGCAAUUGUUUUUGUUUUCGUGGGCAUUGUAUCUAUAUUGACUAUACUAAUUUAUUAUCCUGACAUGUCACUCAAUCCUUUGGUUGCAUUUAAUCCAGCUCUUGGACCUACGUUCUUCAAAAACAUUUAUAUUACACCAUGGUGUCGUAUAUCAGCCUAUGCUAUCGGUCUGUUAACAGGAUACUUCGUUAUUCACACAGGUCGAAACUAUCGAAUUAAUAAAUAUGUUAAAACGUUUGGUACAAUAUUAAUGACUCUGUUCGGUUUGGCUUGUCUAUUUGCUGUAUAUCCUGAUUCUGUCCUUCCAUCUGGUCUCAGUCGAACAAUACUCGUUAUCUACCAAUCUAUUUCUCGAACAUUUUGGUCAAUGGCGAUCGGAUGGCUUCUCAUUUUAUGUAGUACAAAUCAAGGUGGUGUUGUCAAUCGAAUUCUUUCAUGGCCAAUUUGGGCUCCAAUGGCUCGUUUAAAUUAUUCAUGUUAUCUCGUACAUGCUACAAUAGUUUUGAUUAGUAUAUACAGUCAAAAGCUGCCUUCAUAUUAUCAAGGACAUCUCGUGGUAAAUCAUUUUGUAGCGCAUAUAGUUUUUAGUUAUGCCGCUGCUAUUCUCGUAACGAUAUUUUUCGAAACACCAUUUUUUAUUAUUGAAAAGAAACUUUUGAAACGAUAG